GAAGCCACGCACCUCUUGACGUAGCCACAGACCGGUUGCGGUGCCACUCGGUCUCCGUAGCACGUAUUGCGCAACGUGACUGAUGCUCAACUGGCUCCACGGCUGGCACAUCCGGCUCCCACGUCCCACCGUCGCGUGAAUUCAUUAAAAAGUGGUCUAAUAACGCCGAGACAACAGCAGGCAUCGCCGAGGAGCUGUAGAGAAACCAUCCGCCGCUCCUCACCGGACUGGACCCUCCCCUUGUCAUUGCCACCGGGAGAGAUGAGUCGAGCGCGCGGCGUCGGGCUGCAGUCGUGAUGUGACUGUGUGAGCGCACACAACAGCAGUUUGACGACUUUACCGCCCAGAAGGUGAAGACGGUGACAAUUCUGACAGUGUGAGUGCUUUUGUGAAGCAGAGGUGAUGGCUUCGUUUGACAGCGCGCAGCCAACGCAACAGCAGCAUCCGCGGAGCGAGCCGUGGCCACAGCUGGAAAUGAGGAGCUAUGUCUGUGGGUACCGUGCCUCCGUCCGCCUGUAGUCGACAGCAUCAGUGUGCCACCUCGGUUUGGUGCCUCGGGGGUCUUCGCUAAAAUCCAGCAGCACACGGUAGGCUAUCAGUGGUGCGCACCUACCUGGAGUCGAGGAGAGGUAGCUGUUUGUUAUAAGGCCGGGCUUUCUGCAGCCCACUCCCCGCGCCUGCCUGCUUCCCCGCUUCCUCCGCGGCGUCUCUGUGCCGCGAGCGCUCCGCGCUUUGACUACAUGGCAGCGGGCAUAAUAACUAUCACUAGUCUGUUUGCCUCCUGCGGCCAUAAAUACCUUUACAGCGCACACUGAGACUAAAUUAAUCGACGUGAGGAUCGGAACAGUGCUGUGUCUAUGCACCUCAGUUACACCGCCCCGGAAAGGACUUCUUGCCGUUGAGAGCUGGAUAUGCAGAGAUUAACGUGAAAGGAUGGAUCUAAUUAUCUGUGUUUUGGGUCUGCUGGCGCUGAUCGUGGAGGGCAUCCGUUGCCAAGGAGUGUACGCACCUCCAAGCGUCCGCAUUAUCCACUCAGGGCACGCCUGUAAUGUUGAGGAGGAGAGGCACACGGAGAGAGUCUACACCAUCAGAGAGGGAGAGACCCUGGAGCUCACCUGUCUGGUGACGGGGCAUCCUCGACCACAGAUCCGAUGGACCAAGACAGCAGGCAGUGUGUCUGACCGCUUCCAGGACUCCAGUGUUUUCAACGAGACGCUGCAUAUUGCAAAAAUUCUGAGGACCCAGGGAGGUCGCUACUACUGCAAGGCUGAGAAUGGCCUUGGAUCCCCUGCCAUCAAGUCUAUCAGGGUGGACGUGUACUACCUUGAUGACCCGGUGGUGACGGUGCACCAGAGCAUAGGAGAAGCUAAAGAACAGUUCUACUAUGAAAGGACUGUGUUUCUGCGCUGUGUGGCCAAUUCCAACCCGCCUGUCCGCUACAGUUGGCAUCGUGGGAGAGAGGUCCUGACGCAGGGUUCGGACAAGGGAGUGGAGAUCUAUGAGCCGUUUUUCACACAGGGGGAAACGAAGAUUUUGAAGCUGAAGAACCUGCGUCCUCAGGACUACGCCAACUACAGCUGCAUCGCCUCUGUCAGAAAUGUGUGUGGGAUCCCUGACCGCAGUGUUAUCUUCAGACUUACCAAUAAGACAGCCUCACCGUCCAUCAAGCUGCUAGUGGAGGAUCCUAUUGUGGUGAAUCCUGGCCAGACGGUAUCCUUGGUGUGCAUCACCACAGGCGGAGAGCCGCCCCCACUUCUCACUUGGGUCAGCAGUAAUGACAGUUUGCCGCAGAGGAGCGUGGUGAAAGGGGGUACACUCACGCUUCCAGCCAUCACCUCUGAUGAGGCGGGGGUCUACAGCUGCGUGGCCAGCAACAACGUGGGCAACCCAGCCAAGAAGUCUACCACCAUUGUGGUGCGAGCUUUGAAAAAGGGGCGCUUCUGGAUCACUCCUGACCCCUACCACAAUGACGACAACAUCCAGAUUGGACGUGAAGUCAAGAUAUCUUGUCAGGUGGAGGCGACCCCACCAGAGGAGCUGACUUUCAGUUGGCUAAAGAACGGCCGUGCCCUGCGGAGCUCAGAGCGUAUGGUCAUCACCCAGACGGACCCCGACAUCUCCCCUGGGACCACCAACCUGGACAUCAUAGACCUCAAGUUUACCGACUUCGGAACGUACACCUGUGUGGCAGCGCUGAAGGGAGGAGGCAUCCCUGAGAUCAGCAUUGACGUCAACAUCUCUUCCACAACUGUCCCUCCUCUGUUUUUCUCUUUCUUAGUUCCCCCCAACCUGACAGUCCCCCGGGGCAAGUCCCCCCUGGUGGCCCGCGAGGGUGACACAGUGGAGCUGGAGUGCCUUGUUUCAGGGAAGCCCAAGCCCAUCAUUCUGUGGUCGCGAGCCGAUAAGGAGGCGCCCAUGCCUGACGGCAGCAUGCAGAUGGAGAGCUACGAUGGUGUGCUGCGUAUUGUAAAUGUGUCCAGGGAGAUGACGGGUUCGUACCGCUGCCAGACCAGCCAGUAUAAUGGGUUCAACGUAAAGCCCCGGGAGGCCGUGGUGGAGCUGAUCGUACAAUACCCUCCCACUGUGGAGCCGGUUUACAUGGAGAUGCGUCAGGGCCUGGGGAGGCCUGUGGUGAUGACCUGCAGGGUGCUGCGAGCCCACCCUUCCCGUGUGCUGCGAUUCGAGUGGCUUCUAUCAAACAGACUGCUCCACGCCGGAGCAUUCGAUGCCCAAAGAGACGAAACAGAGUACACUAUCCGCAGUCUGAAUCGAGACGGCUGGGGGGAGUACACCUGUAAUGUUAUCAACGAGGCCGGAGCAGGCAAAUGCACCUUCCAGGUUACAGGCAAGGCCUACCCCCCAGAGUUCUACUAUGAUACCUACAGUCCUCUGUGGCAGAACAGGCCCAGAGUCUACGGCUUCAAGCUCCAGUGGACCCAGAUGAACCCCAACGCUGUGGACCGCAUUGUCGCCUACAGACUAGGCAUCAGACAGAUGGGGUUACAGCGAUGGUGGGAGCAGGAGAUCCCUGUGGACGGAACAAUCAACAAAGGAGAGCUCAUGACACACAACCUGACUGAGCUCAUAAAGCCAGAAUCCUACGAGGUGCGCCUCACUCCCAUCACUCGUUUUGGAGAGGGCGACUCCACCAUCCGGAUUGUCACUUACAGCGCUCCCAUCAACCCUCAUCUCAGAGAGUUCCACUGCAGCUUUGAGGAGGAACCCAUCUGCAUGUUCACCCAGGACAAGAAUGAUGAUUUUGAUUGGACGCGGCAUAGUGCUGCUACCCGCGAUACCAAGUAUACACCCAACACCGGACCCAGUGGUGACCGCAGUGGUUCUAAGCAGGGUUUCUACAUGUACAUUGAGACAUCAAGACCACGGAAGGAAGGGGACCAAGCACGGCUUGUGAGUCCGUUUUUCAACGUAGCACCUAAAAACCCUUACGGUAUCACCAACCCACCUGCGUACUGCUUUGGCUUCUUCUACCACAUGUAUGGAAAACACAUAGGAACACUAAACGCCUUCCUAAAGCAGAAGGGCCAAACGACCUCUGAGGGUCCCGCAUGGUCGCUAAGUGGUAACCAAGGUGACCGCUGGAAGCAGGCCAAAGUAAGCAUCCAUCCAACAGCAUCCUUCCAGGUGGUACUCGAAGGUAUCCGGGGACCAGGCAUCGAGGGAGACAUCGCCAUCGAUGAUGUCACACUGGAGGAAGGGGAGUGUCGAGACCCACCGCCCAAUCUCAGCUCCAAGUCUCUAUCCACAUCCUCCCAUAUAUGGCUGCUAUGCGUCACCAUGGUGAUGACCCUGCUGGAAGGUCAGAGGUGACCCUUCUCUCUGUCAUCUCAGAGGCAAAUAUUCAGACACACCGUCUGUGAACUAUACCCUCGGCAUCCAGUCACCAAAGAUUCAUGCAUCCUGAAAGCAGCAGGGGACCCCUGACAGACCACGGAGGGACCGAAAUUAAUGAAAGAGAGAAAAAAUUGUGAUAAAAAAGUUACACAAAAAGUAAUAAAGAAGCUGCGCAAAUUUUUUAAAGAGACCUCUUUUACAGAAAACACUCCUCGGUGCAGGACUCGGGACAUCUUUACGAGCACAAAGACAGGUGGGCGAUGAAUAAGCCUGGACUUUGGUGAAAGAGUUCACAAGCUUCGAGGAAGGACAGUUUGUAAAGCACAAGUACAAUUUAAUGAUGUUAUUAAAAUAUCUUUGGAAGGUGGCAGAAUAUAGACACUGCUGACUUUUUGAAGAGGACAUCACAUUUCCCUGCUUACAAAUACAUGGAAUCAGACCUUUCUCUGUGUAUCUUUAUCUUCAUCUUCUUGCACCAGAUGCCAAUCACCGACACUUGUUUUUCACUCUAGCCCAGCCUCACAUCACACCUUGGCAUUUCUUUAUCUGCUUGGUGCUGUACUGUAGAAAAACAAGGACUCUGGCAACAUUUGGUUCCGUCUGCUUAUUCCCCUGUAGCUGCCUAUGUAACUUUUAACACUGUGCUCACGAGUCCAAGUGGCCAACCGACAGUAUGGUGGCAGAACAAUAAAUGCAGAAGAAUCAGCGGAGGUGCAGACAGCUGGACUGGAGGGCAGAGAGGAGUUCAAGCUCUGGAGCUGAAAUGUGAGGGAGCGGUGGAAAGAGAGCAGAGAGGAGGUGUGAUAAAGGGAGGAAGAGUGGAGGGAGAGGAGGAACAGGCAGAGAGUAGAAAAAGGUGUAGUGAGGCCUGACUCGAAUAUUCAGUCAGCGGUCCGCCUGUGGAACAGAAGCCACUUUACUUUCUGCCAUGAAACAAAGUGCCUUCAGAUUACAAACCGAAUCGUGAGCCUGGGUGUUAAUCAACAUUGGACACAUCUCUGUUCAUGUUUCCUCUGAUGGGCUAUUUUCUAUAUGUUUCUUUUGCCCCACAAGUGCUGAUGGGAGGGCAUGCGUGAUCAGAGGGAGUAUGUGGUUGUGCUACACCUGGAUUUAACUCCUGACGGGACAGUUGCCUGUGUGUGUGUGUGUGUGUGUGUGUGUGUGUGUGUGUGUGUGUGUGUGAGCGAGAGAGCGAGCGUCUGUUCGUUUGUUUGUGUGCAUGCGCCUAUGCCUAUGCCAAUGCGUAGUUCAAUGUGAGGGCGGCCGACCAGGCAGUGCUGGCAGACCAGGUUUGGAAACAACUUGGAAGAAAACAGCGGCAGCAAAGGCUCUGGAUCUUUUUUUCGCAGAGAGACAGUUUAAGAUCAUACAGGAGGAUAAAGACACUUUGUCAAAUGAAUACCCCACUCUCUCUUCCCAUAAUUCUCCUUCCCUGAGGGCGAGCAUUUUUUAACAAAAGAAAAGAACAACUGCUGAAUAAAACGCUGUGUUGUACAGGGAGGGGAGUAGAAACUUUGGGACUGCAGGCUCUUGAUUGGGGCGAUGCGCCUCACCCCUAUCCUCCACCAUUUAUAUGGAACAAUAUGAGAAUAAAAGAUAAUAAUGACCAUAAUAAUAGUCAUGAUAUUUUAUUACUCUAGCGAGAAUGUUUCUCUGCUUUUACACAAACUGUGAAGAUUGACUGUGGAAGAUCUACCUGAGACCAUAACCUUAACCAGCGGGGUUUUUAAAAAAUGUAUUGUAAAAAAGAGAAAAUAAGAAAAUGAAAAAUUCCGUUCAUUGUUGGUUAUGACAAAUGUUUUGAGGACUUGUGUCUUGUUUCUUAUUUUUUCUGUUGAAGAUGACUUAACUUCUUUUCUCUUCUUGUUGUCUCCCUUUGCAUUGCUUAAGUAUCAAAGCUGAUGGAAGCAUAAGAAGUAAACCAAUUUGGUAACUGUAUAACUUGUAAAUGUUAAAGAAGCUCUAUUCAAAGGUUUAUGAUAAAUGUUUUAUGUUGGAGUACAGGAAGCACAACAUACAGGUUAAAGUCUCAACAUAUAAAAUUAAUUUUAUAUUUCUCUGCACAUACAUGACCUACUCCCACAGGCUUUUCAACACUGAAAAUAGUCCACGUUUAACAGCAAAUUGACCAUUUUUUACUUGUUACAUUCAUAUUUAGAGUGCAACCAGAACACUAAAGGACACAAAGGGAACCCAGUCAAGAAUAUAAAUGAAAUCUUCAUGAAUGCAGUUCUGGGAAAGGUUCAGUUUGGUGUUGUGGUUGUUCAGCAUAUGUAGCCUCUUCAGUAGAAGCCUGGUUUGGUCUGACUGGGUCAUGUACAUGUGUGAGCAUAAAGCUGUGUACAAUAGGUGUGAUAAGAAACUGAUACAUGUAAAGAAGAUAAAUAUAAUAAGCAAAACAGAGCAGAAUGAUGAGCAUUUCAGGGCAUCUUUAAAAUAUCAUUAUGGUCUGAACGAUGUUUUUACAGAGACAUAAUCACAGGUAUUAUCUGCUAUCCAUUUCUGUUUUUGUUUGGUUUUCUUUCAUUUCUGUGUGGAUCACAAUGAAUGUAAAUGGAGUUCUGGGGGGAGUUCUUUUCUUACAGUCUUACUAGAUGUAAUGUUUUACUAAAACAUAUGUUUUUUUGUGUGUGCUUUCGAUGAUGAGAACUUCUAGACUUUCAUAGGUUGUUUGGACACAUCAAGAAUAUGAAGUUUGUCUGACUUUGAAACAGACUUUGACACAAUUUCCAAAACUAAAAGUUCAGAUGAAAUAUCCAUUAGCCUAGUCACUAUAUCCUCCUAGGUAAUGAAAAGUGCCAAAGUGCCCCAUGCAGUCGUAACUGUUACUAAGUAUGGAUUUGAGUUCCUUAAGAUAUUUUGGUAACUGUUCCUUUUACAUCUACCCUGAGCACCUGGUCGAUUCAUGCUGAAUGCUAGUUAGUAUAGAUUAGCAUAAAGACUGAAAACAAGGGAAACUGCUUGCCUGGCUCUGUAUGAAGGUAACAAAAUCUGCCUACCAGCACUCCCUCAGCUCACAAAUUAACACCUAUGUUUUGUUUGUUUAAUAUGUAUUAAACCCGAAAUAUUAAAACACCAAUUUGUGGUGUACAGAGAGAGGGUUGCCAUCAUGAGCUUGAGAGAGACAUCAGGAAGUGACUGCCCCCCGACUAACAAAUUGGCACAUUGAUGUUCUCAUCUAACUCUCAGCACAAAGCAAAUAAUGUCAAACUAUUUCUUUAUAAUAACCACCUUUGAAAAAACCUGGAUAUUCCCUCUUAUUAUUUGUUUGGUAUAUGUUGGAAUUAAAUCAGUAUUAGCCUUUCAAAAACUAUGGCAGACCACAUUUUAUCCUACUUUUGUGCUGCAUAUGAUCAAAUUCUGGGUACAUUCAUAUUUGUGCAAAGUAUUCGUCUGUGUGAAGGAAAUAUUGUCUACUUUUGCCAGAGCCGUGGAUGAAAUUGUACAGCAAAAGGAAUCAUUGUUUGUUUCCAUGGUAGUACAACUCUCACCAUAUCCUAUUUCAAUUUCUGUGCAAUUCACACACCCUGUGUCAGUCUCUGCCCUUUUGUAUACAGGGGAUGUGAGCCUGGUGAGUCGCUUACACACUCAGCUCUGCUCUAUUUAUUGAUAAAAGUCCUCUAAGCUACUUCAAAGAACAAUUGGGGGGAUUAACAGUUUUGGAAAUAUGUAAACAGUGUUGUGUGACAGUUUUCUUUCUUACAGUGUUUUCUGGCUUUAUUUUGAUGAUUAGAGGCUUCUGUAGUUAUGGAAGGUGUGAAGUGUUCAUAAACUAACAAGGGGAAAUGGGUUUGAGGUAUUUGUAGAUUAGUCUGCGUGCUGAAUGUGUGCGCAAAGUGGUUUGUUUUUACAUUACAGUGCCUCGGCCCAAGAUAUUUUGUGCGAGUUGUUUUUCUCACCAGAACACACAGUAUUAGAUGUUUCUCACAGCAGCCACUUGAAGGUCUAUACUAUAGAAAGUUUUAUAGUGGACUAUAUAGUGAGCUCGACAUUUUGUGGAGCUGUCCGAAUGUAUAGUGAGAAUUAUUAUACCCUAUAUAGUUGACUCAAAGUAUCCCAGAAUGCAUUUUGAAAAGUAGUGUACAACCGAUGGUCACUAAUCAAGCACUAUAUACCAUCAUGCAUUGUGCUUUUAGAAAAAACAGUCCACCAACCGAUUCCCCAACAGCAAAGACGUAAUUAACAGCACAGAGAAAUUGAUUGGAGUAGUGUCCGAAAGUGUUGUUUUGAUUUGUGCUCACUAUAAUGUCCUCUCCAAACAAUUCACUAGAUAGGAGUAGUGAAUGAGUAGUUUCUUGACAGAUAGCUUUAACGUUACUUGUUUCUAAAGUAACCGCUAACUACUGCUAACUGUAGCUGCUGUUAGCUGUGUGGCUAGACAUCCUAUAAAAUGACACUGCCCAGACACCGGGGGUGUGUUGGUGUUUACACUUCUAAUAACACUACAUGAGCUUUGGGUCACUGGGAGAGGCAGUGCUGCUGGGCUAACUGAGCUAACUAGUUAACGGCAAUUACAGUUAGCGGUUAAAGUAAUGUCUGACAACAAGUAAAGACAUCUGUCUUUCUGUGAACUCCGUAAAUCACAGAAAGUUGAGGCCUCACAGAAAGACACCUACACAUUCUGGCAAUGUCUACUGUUUUUUUGUGAUCUGAUAUUCAUUACAUUCAAAAGCAGUUUCACGAUAAAAUAAAAUUUAAAGGUCUCAAUUUAUUUUAGAUUUUGUCUGCAAGAACUGGAAUGUGUAUAAUAUAGGUACUGCAAUCUAAUGCAACUGUUCAGUAAUGAAUACUGCAUUCUCAAGUUGAGCAAAGCAUUAGGGCAGGCAGAGCACACUAGCAUCAACUGACUGGCAUCAGCUGUUUCGCUCAUGCUUGCCAAUCACUGGCUUAAUCACCAGCUGUGUGGCUGUCAGAUGACUAGUAACAUCCAAUCAUAUUCAUGCAAGUGUACAGCGUGGCUAUUAUAGCCUGGCACUUUUCACCAAUACUUAGAUAAUACCGUUAUACCAAUGUUGUCUGUUGCUGCAGCCCCUACCACCGCCUAGUCCUUAUGUGCUAUAUUGUUGCUGUUGUUAAUGUAUGUGUUUAUUAAGGGAGGAUUGGCAAUUGUUGCUGCUCAGAUUCUUAGAGCUCCCUCAAACAGCAGACCCUUUUCCACCAAAUAUAAUAAUUUGCUUUAAAUCAUCAAUUCCUUGAAUUACGUGUCUCUGACUGACACAUGGUUAUUUGUUUUUAACGUUGUGUCAGAAAGGUGUUGAUUUAACUGUGCAGUCAUUUAUGAAGCUGAAGUUUGUGAUGUUUUUGCUCCUCCAUGCAGUAAAUGGGAGUGCAGUAAACAGUGGACAGCACAUUUCAAUAUGAUGCAAUCAUAUAAAAACACUAAAAAGUACAGCCUGAAAAUACACCAUAGAAUUCAGUCAACACAAAAAAAGUGCUAAAGAUUGUAGUUUUGACAGAUACUGAACAUUAUAUAUAAGGUUUUUGGGUCAGUUGUAUUGUAUUGCAUUGCAUUGCAUUGCAUUGUACUGGUCACAGUAAACACAAGAAAUUGCCUUUUUCUUUAGUAACAUUGCUGAAAACAAACAACACACGUUGAUCUUCAUUGCAUAGAAAAGGCAAUAGCCAUUUGGUAGGUCGGAGGAGGGAAGCAGUCUGCAGUAGAGAGAUAGUGUUUUCCUUUCAGAAAGGAGUUUCACCUUUCUUACUGAUAAAAUGACACACUUGACUUUCUACCUUUGUGUAACAUAAAUGGAAUAUGUUGGUCUUAAUUGAACUGAAAAGGAAAUAACCUAUUGUUGGAUUUGGUAAGGUCUUGGAGUACCAAGGAAACAAACAAGGGGCGUUUUCAAUGUUGUUUCACCUUAGAUCAUUUUUUUAAAAAUCUGUUAUUUCUUUUGCGCAUUUAUGAAUACACAAAUGAAUCAUGCAGUUGUGCAUGAAUGUACCCAGUGCUUACAUCAAUACCAUUAAAAUGGAGGUACUGUUGCAUUAAAGGAUGUGGUUACACAUCAGGGUUUGUGCAGGCUGCAGAUUGAACAUAAUUGCUGCAACAUGCAGUAUGUUGAAACUAUUCCCCAGGUUCUUUGGUAAAUUUCAUUAAACCUAUCCAUGUGAGUAGAACUAUGACCAGUUGCUCUGUGAGAAAAUGUAAUUUAAAACAAAGUAUUGCCUUAAUUCCUAGAAAGUGCAUACCUUGUAAUAUUAUAAACUAUAAGUAGAAAAGAUCUUGCUCAGAAGGUGAAGUUCUGCUCAGUUAUGCUGCUAAACCCGAGAAGUUUCCAACUGUAAUGUAGUUUCUUGGGUGUUUUUAAAGAAUUUCAGCUAUAAUUUUAACAUUUUUACCUACUUAGUUAUAGCUAUAAUUAACUGGUAAUUUAUUAUGAUCACCACCAUGUAAAUGCUUAAUUAAUACCUUGUGCUUCUAAGGUCUCUAAAAGGAACAGUCCCAACAUUUCUUUCUGGGUAGAAAUGUUCUCAUUUUCAACCUAAGAAGGGCUUUGUCACAUUGUGCCAUUCAUCACGCUAUUUUAGCUCCCCGAAUAACCAUUCAGUUCCACUAGCAUGACAUAAUUGCCACUGGUAGCCCUAAUUAUCACUAUACACACUCUGCUUUCAUGGUAUUGAUUUGGCAAAGAGAAUUUAUGCCGGGGGUGGGGGGGGUGCAGCAUUACUGUUAGGCUCGACCAGCAUCGACAGAAUUGGCAGUCAAAGUGAAUUUGGUAGUCUGAAAAGUGUUCUUAUGAAGGACUCAAACAAGAGCAAAAUGUCUGUUAUAUUAAACAUGAAACAUUACCACUGUGAAUGUUUUUCAAAAGUAAAAUUGCCAUCUUAAUGCGGCGAGUCUCUUUCACUUUCACACAGUGGCUAGGCGGUAACGAGUGACUUCUCGACAGGGGGCUGACUGCAGUCUUACUAAAUAACUAGAAGUGGUAGACACAUUUCAAAGAUCUCAUUUUACUCUGUCAGGGAAGAAGCAGUAUGUCGCUAUUUUGAUGCCAUGGCUGCUCAGUGUGACAACUUUACCAGUGGGAAAACUGCCACCUCUUGGUAUCUUACUGUCUCUGGUGUAGGAGUCUCACUGCUCUACUUCUCGAUGGCUUUCUUCUUCUCUCUGAAUCACAGGCCAGGCAGGAGCAACAUGAAGGCUUGCACAGACUCCGAUUUUACUUGGCCAGUCAUUUACCGUCAGUGCAGCUGAUGACAAGAUGAAGAUGAAGAUGUGUGCCAUAGUCAAGAAAUUGUCCACCCUACCCCCGAUCGUCGCUCUUGAAAAUAUCCCAGAAAAUAAUGACAUUUGAUGGUGUAAUAUCAUGGUUGUUGAGAAAGCUGUGUUACAGUGAUGUUAUUUAUCUUGUUCUGUGCCGACACCCUGUAAUGAUGACCUGUCACUCUUCUCUGUUUUGUGCUCUAUAUUUAUAUAUGAUCAGGCUUCUUUUUCACUGUAUUUCUUUGGAUUUAUCACCCAUUUUUUGUGCCAUACCUGCAACUAAUGAAAAAAUAAAGAAAAGGAAUAUUUUA